AUGAUGAGGAUUACAGAUUUUACCCUCUUCUUCUUCUUCUUCUUCUUCUUCUUCUUCGUUUCGUCUCCUUUAUUGCUUCUAGCUCAAUCACAGCCUCGAGAAAUCGACCCACAAGACAAAGCAUCUCUAUUGAUAUUCAAAGUUUCGAUUCACGACCUAAAUCGAAGCUUAUUGAUUUGGAAAGGCUCUACGUGUUCUAACUGGACAGGUCUAGCUUGCCAGGAUCCGACCGGAAAAGCACUCUCUCUCGCUUUAUCCGGUAUGUAUUUGUCCGGUCAGAUUCACCCAUCUCUCUGUAAGCUCACUUCCCUUGAAAGCUUGGACCUUUCUCGGAACAAUUUCUCUGGAAACAUCCCUUCUUGCUUGGGUGCGUUGCGUAGUCUUAGAACGCUGAAUCUUAGUCGGAACAGAUUGGUUGGUUCGAUUCCUGGAACAUUUGGUAACCUCAAGGAGCUUAGAGAGCUCGUGCUAAGCGAGAAUAGAGAUUUAACCGGAUUGAUUCCUCACUGGGUUGGAGAUUUGAUGAAUGUUGAGAGAAUCGAUCUAAGUUUCUGCUCGUUUCUUGGUGAAUUGCCUGAGAGUUUGCUCUAUUUGGAAACUCUCAAGUACUUGAAUCUUGAGAGCAAUAACUUGACGGGCACACUUAGAGAUUUUCAGCAGCCAUUGAUGGUUCUUAAUCUUGCUUCGAAUCGGUUCUCCGGUACACUGCCUUGCUUCUACGCCUCUCGUCCGUCUCUCACUCUUCUGAGUCUUGCUGAGAACUCUCUCGCUGGUGGUUUGCCUUCGUGCUUGGGUUCUUUGAAAGAGCUGAGUCAUUUGAAUCUAUCUUUCAAUGAGUUCAGCUACCAAAUAUCUCCGAGGCUUGUCUUCUCGGAGAAGCUCUCGAUGCUUGACUUGAGCCACAACGAGUUCUCAGGUCCUCUCCCUGCAAGAAUCUCUGAGAAACUCGGUCUUGUUCUUCUUGAUCUCUCUCACAACAGGUUCUCUGGCUACAUCCCGUUGCGGAUCACCGAGUUAACGAGCUUACAAGCGUUGCGUCUCUCUCACAAUCUCUUAACCGGAGAUAUCCCGGCUCGGAUCGGGAACCUGACUUAUCUGCAAGUCAUCGAUCUCUCGCACAACGCGUUAACCGGCUCUAUACCUCUCAACAUCGUCGGUUGCUUUCAGCUGCUUGCUCUGGUGAUCAGCAACAACAAUCUCUCCGGCGAAAUCCAACCGGAGCUCGAUGCGUUAGACAGUCUCAAGAUACUAGACAUAAGCAAGAACGAGAUCUCCGGCGAGAUCCCGCUUACUUUAGCUGGCCUCAAGUCGCUCGAAUUCGUCGAUAUAAGCUCCAACAACCUCUCCGGAAACUUGAACGAAGCUAUCUCCAAAUGGUCUAAUCUCAAGUAUCUUUCUCUUGCUCGGAACAAGUUCACCGGAACGCUUCCUUCUUGGUUGUUCAAGUUCGACAAAAUCCAAAUGAUUGACUACUCCAGCAACAGAUUCUCUUGGUUUAUACCGGACGAUAACUUGAACAGCACGCGAUUCAAGGAUCUUGAAACCGGAGAAGAAUCUUCUUCAGAGAGAGUGGAGAUCAAGAUAUCAGCAACUGUGGUUGCUAAAGAUGAGCUAAGCUUCAGCUACAGUCUCUUAUCAAUGGUUGGGAUUGAUCUUUCUGAUAAUCUAUUACACGGAGAGAUACCAAAAGCUUUGUUCAGACAGAAGAACAUCGAAUACUUAAACCUGUCUUACAACUUUCUUGAUGGUCAGCUUCCGGAUUUAAAGAAGCUGCCAAGGUUAAAGGCAUUAGAUCUUUCACACAAUUCUCUGUCGGGUCAAGUCACUGGAAACAUGUCAACACCAUCAGGUUUAACACUUCUGAAUCUAUCUCACAACUGUCUCUCCGGAGUCAUUACUGAGAAACAAGGGCUUGGGAAGAAGUUUCCGGACGCUUUGGCAGGGAAUCCAGAGCUUUGUGUUGAGUCUUCAGGAAGCAAGUGUGAUCCUGCAAACAUUGAUGCAUCAUCACAUGAGGAGAUAUAUCAAAAUGAAUUGGUGGAAGGAACGAUUUCGAUUUGGAUAUUCUGCUUAAGUGCGUUUAUAAGCUUCGAUUUUGGAGUGUUGGGUAUCUUCUGCUCAGCUCGUGCUCGGAGUUAUAUUCUGCAAACCAAAGCAGCUUAA